UUCCACUCCUGUCACUGAUCCUAUGAACACUACCCUUGUAGUGCCACUCUCUCUCACUCUACACUCCCUCUCUCCCUUUCUGUCCUGUCACCUCUCUCCUAUCACCUCUCCUUCUCUUGUUCCCUUCAUUUGCCGAUGGCGGUGGAGUGAGGUGGCUGAGGACUAGUAUGUGUGUGAGUGAGUGGAAGGACACAUCCUCCCCUCGGAGAGAAAGAGAAAACAGAGAAAGAGAGAGACGAAGAAGAAGCAGCUGCUCUCCAGUAACAGGGUAAGAGCAGCUAACUCCAGUCUCCUGUCAUGGAUACUAACACUGGGGAAGUGGAGGACUCAGGAGAAGAGCUUACAGGGAGGAAGAAGUCUCGGUUCAAGCUGCUGAAGAGUCGUCUGUUUGGCCGUCUGAAGAGGAAGGAGACUGAAGGACUGAUGAAGCAGAGCCAGUCCGCCAGUGAUGUCACUGCUGAUGUCAUAGCUCUGGGGGACAACGACUCAGAGGAUGACUGUUUGGGCGGCCCAAAUACACUGGGGUCCAGAGCUCUGUCACAUGACAGCAUUUUCCUGGCUGACCAAUCACAGAGCUCCUCUGAGCCGACGAGGGUUCUGUCUCAGGAGAACGUACACAGCAGGAUAAGAGAACUGCAGCUGAAACUGCAGCGGCAGAACAUGUGUCUGGGCCCUCCCCCCUUGCUGAUCCCUGGAAAGAGAAUGGAAGAUUCCGGAGCCACCUCUGAGGAUGAUGGUUUACCCCAGAGCCCUCCAGAGAUCUUGUUCCAUGACCGAACAGCACAGGGGCCUUCCUACAAGUUCCCUAACACUCACAGGCACCAUAGCUCUCUGAGUUUAGCAGGGACAGGAAGUGAGGAGGAGGAGCAGUGCCUGUCCCAGCCCUCCUCCCGUCCUCUCUCCCCGAAUCCUGCUUCCCCCUGUGAUCCAGAGCCCUCCCCUGCAGUGGACUUCACCAGCCCAGCCCAGUACACUCCUAGCCUGGACAGCUCUGCCGCCCGUCACCGCAUGUCUGUUAAACCCAGGAACCAGAGGGCCAGCGCCAAGGGACGGAAAGGUCCCCUGAGAGCAAGCAGACUUGGCUCAGAGAGCCUGAGUGACCUGGACCCUGACCAGCCCCUGUCUGAGAGGGAGGAAGAGCAGGAUGGAACAGAGGAUGAGGACAGAGAGGAAGAGGAGGAGAGGGAGCGACCGUUCUCUUCAUCUCCAAAAGACUCUGAGGAGAAGCCCUGGGAGUCAGUACCCCCUGGUGGUCAGAAAGAGGUAUUACAGAGACAAGAGUCCUCCGAGACAGAGGGACGCAUCACCACCAACCCUCUCUACCUCCAGGCUAUGACCUCUCCUCUACCAGAACCCAUGACCAAAACCUCCAUCCUGGAGACCCCGAGCCUGCCCACUCCCCCUUCAGCAGCAGUGGAGGAGCCACAGAAGCCCCCGGAACCUAUCCGGGUCAAACGCCCAAGAACUCUCAUCCAGGAUAAUUCAGACCAGGGAAGUCGGCCUGGGUCUACAUCUGAAAAGACCCUCUCCAGGCCUCUCAGUCCUGUCUAUGGAUCAAAUAAUGUCACUUCCACCACAAAUCAACUGCCAUCAAAAGAGAAGCCAGAAGAGAAUAUGACCCCAGCCACCUCUAACAAGGGAGACAGGUUGAGCAGAAACACACAGGGUGUGAGCCUAGCAGACACCAGCAGCUCUACACACCACUCUGCUCUACCUACCCCUGCCCCUCGCGUUAUAAGACAAACACAGAGACCUGCUUCUGAGAGAGAGUCUGUCAGAGAGACUACAGCAGUCCCACUGUCGGGCGUUAAUGAAGAAACCUCCAAAUUGGACAUGGUACAGAGGACGACAGGGCAACCUACUGGCCACGAAGACACACUGCCUAGAGCAAACAGUUUCUCCACUUCCUCCUCAAGACAGCGUUCCAAGAGCGCCACUGGCAGUGCCCACACAGGGACGAGAAACGAGGAGAUGAAUGCAGAAGGGAAAGGAGGGGAGGGUUUGGUGGCCAAAAACCCUCAUCAGGAGUCUGUCAGAAGGCAAGAGGUAAAACCAGAGCAGGCCACUUUUAAAGGCCUGAAGGAAAACCAACCACAACCCUCGCCUCAGGAGAGAAAAGUACAAACAGAAGUAGAAGUAGUGGAGGAGACAGGACUGAAGGGAGGAGAGAAAAGGGAUGGGCAGAGUGAGGGAAAUGAGGAGCAGGAGCAGGAGCAGGAGCAGGAGCAGGAGAAGGAGCAGGAGCAGGAGCAGGAGAGGAGGAGUGCUUUCGGAGUGAAGCUGCGCACCACUUCUCAGUCUCUGAAGUAUCGCUUGCAAAGGGACCAAGAAUUCAGGGUUAAGUGUCAUAUUGUCUCAACAACUGCAGAACCAGUCAAAGGCGAAAUUGGCACAAGUUCAAAGGUCAGGGGUGACUUGGCAAAUAAGGCUUCGAGGAAGGGCCCGUCACAAGUGUCUGACUGCCCCCCCUCAUACACCCCUGAUAGAAACAGACUCAACGAGAACCAAGACGAUGAUGAUACUGACCUGGUAGUAGAUGCCUUUUUAGACCCAGACAAAGGCCCAUCCUCCAGACCUGCUCUGGGGCUCCCAAGAGGGGCUGAGACCCCUGGGUCUAAUGGGUCAGCUGGAUCGGAGCCUGUCUGGAUGUCCAUGGCCCGGGAAAAGACCAGGAGUCUCCAACAGCAUCUCAGUCCAGAGACAGAGCCUGGGACAGGGGGGACAGGGGGGACAACAACGCCCCAGUACACCCCAUCACCACGGCCAGCUCCAACCCCAGCCCCACAGCCUAGAUUACAACCAACAGCUCAGCCAUCAACACAACCUCCAUCACAAUCACAGCCAAGCACAAAAACAGCCUCGCAAAAACAAACAUCAGCCCCAGUGGUACAACCACCAUCUCAACCAAUACCAAGCGGUAGACCAAUCCUAUGGGGAAUGCAAUUGACAGCUACACUCAAAGCAUUGCCUUCAGAUCAGCCUAACACACAAACAGCAUCACAACCGACACCACAAGGAACUGCUCAACAGCUGACACAACCGUCCUCCCAACCUCACAUGCCAACCAGACCAACUCUACGAGGAGCGUCUGAGAGAUCCUACAGGUCUCUGAAGAGAGCUGAGAAGAUGCCUGUGGAGAAAUGGACAGAAAGAGCGCUCCCGACUGGGACUAUGGAGGAAUCUAGCAAUGGUCAAAUUGAGAUUCACAUCGCAAAGCCUGAGAUACCUUCUUCUUCAUCAUCAUCAUCAUCAUCAUUGUCACACCGGGGUCAGCCAACCUGGAUGGAACUUGCCAAGAGGAAAUCUCUGGCCUGGAGUGACAAGACUAUGGACUGAGAAGUGCACGUGGGUGUCUGUCUGUCUGUCUGUCUGUCUGUCUGUCUGUCUCUGUGUGUGUGUGUGUGUGUGUGUGUGUGUGUGUGUGUGUGUGCGUGUGUGUGUGCGUGUGCGUGUGCGUGUGCGUGUGCGUGUGCGUGUGCGUGUGCACGUGUGUGCGUGGUAAAGGGGUUCCUAAAGAGAGUAAGAAGAAGACUGAAAUAAAAUCAUGAUUUGUUGCUGACUGUGUUACUUGAACCUACUGGAUACAGAGUAUGAGUUUAAAACCCAUUUCCCAUUACUGUGCCUUACUCUUCUAACCAUUAAAUUUUAAAAAAUACUUAUAUUUCACAUCAGCCAGACUGAUGCUAAACUUCUGCGUAUAACAACACUAAACCAAGAGGUCUGGACUUUUAUGGCACAAGAGGGCCAUAAAAGUUGCUGGUUCAAACUCCGCUUCAAUUUUUUCACUGCUUUUGACAUAUCACUCCAUGCUAGAUCCAUUUACAUUUACAUUUAAGUCAUUUAGCAGACGCUCUUAUCCAGAGCGACUUACAAAUUGCUGAUGUCUGGAAUAAAUAUACUGUCAAUUGUAUUCUGACUAGUUUGAAUUGUGUGGGCUCAAUCAACCAUCAAUAAGCUAUUAUCAACCACAAUGGGGCUGCCUCAUCAAUGGGGCCACCGUGGAAAUGGUCAAUAACUGCAAAUUCCUUGGCGUACAUAUCUCAGAGAAUCUGAAAUGGUCUAACCACACGAACACCAUAGUGAAGAAGGCACGACAGAGAUUCUUCAACUUCAGAAUGCUGAAGAAAUUUGGCCUGUCCCCGAGGGCCCUCACAGUGUUCUACAGGAGCACCAUUGAGAGCAUUCUGUCGGGCUGCAUCACAGCCUGGUACGGCAACUCCACCGCCGCGGACCGCAAGACUCUUCAUAGGUUGAUAUGUGCAGCCGAACUCACCAUUGCGUGCACACUGCAUGCUCUACAGAGCACCUAAACUCAGCAAAAAAAGAAACGUCCUCUCACUGUCAACUGUGUUUAUUUUCAGCAAACUUAACAUGUGUAAAUAUUUGUAUGAACAUAAGAUUCAACAACUGAGACAUAAACUGAACAGGUUCCACAGACAUGUGACUAACAGAAAUGGAAUAAUGUGUCCCUGAACAAAGGGGGGGUCAAAAUCAAAAGUAACAGUCAGUAUCUGGUGUGGCCACCAGCUGCAUUAAGUACUGCAAUGUAUCUCCUCCUCAUGGACUGCACCAGACUUGCCAGUUCUUGCUGUGAGAUGUUACCCCACUCUUCCGCCAAUGCACCUGCAAUUGACUGACAUUUCUGGGGGGAAUGACCCUAGCCCUCACCCUCCGAUCCAACAGGUCCCAGACGUGCUCAAUGGGACUGAGAUCCACGCUCUUCGCUGGCCAUGUCAGAACACUGACAUUCCUGUCUUGCAGGAAAUCACGCUCAGAACGAGCAGUAUGGCUGGUGGCAUUGUCAUGCUGGAGGGUCAUGUCAGGAUGAGCCUGCAGGAAGGGUACCACAUGAGGGAGGAGGAUGUCUUCCCUGUAACGCACAGCGUUGAGAUUGCCUGCAAUGACAACAAGCUCAGACCGAUGAUGCUGUGACACACCGCCCCAGACCAUGACGGACCCUCCACCGCCAAAUCGAUCCCGCUCCAGAGUACAGGCCUCGGUGUAAUGCUCAUUCCUUCGACGAUAAACGCAAAUCCGACCAUCACCCCUGGUGAGCCAAAACCGCGACUCGUCAGUGAAGAGCACUUUUUGCCAGUCCUGUCUCGUCCAGCGACGGUGGGUUUGUGCCCAUAGGCGAUGUUGUUGCCGGUGAUGUCUGGUGAGGACCUGGCUUACAACAGACCUACAAGCCCUCAGUCCAGCCUCUCUCAGCCUAUUGCGGACAGUUUGGGCACUGAUGGAGGGAUUGUGCGUUCCUGGUGUAACUCGGGCAGUGGUUGUUGCCAUCCUGUACCUGUCCCGCAGGUGUGAUGUUCGGAUGUACCGAUCCUGUGCAGGUGUUGUUACACGUGGUCUGCCACUGCGAGGACGAUCUGCUGUCCGCCCUAUCUCCCUGUAGUGCUGUCUUAGGCGUCUCACAGUACGGACAUUGCAAUUUAUUGCCCUGGCCACAUUUGCAGUCCUCAUGCCUCCUUGCAGCAUGUCUAAGGCACGUUCACGCAGAUGAGCAGGGACCCUGGACAUCU